AUGGAUAUUUAUAAUGACCCAAAUCCAGCAGGUUACAGUGGAAACAUCAUGCGCGUGGAAGCAAAAGGAAUUGUAGAUGGUAUAAGUACAUUUAAAUUUCUAGUGUCAUUUAUUACGUGGUACAAUAUUCUUUUCGAAAUCAACAUUACAAGCAAAUUACUGCAAAAUAAGAAUGCAGACAUAUUUGUAUGUACGAAACAGCUGGAAGUUACAAAGAAUUAUCUUGUAAGUUGUCGAUCAGAUGAAAACUUCGAAAAGAAUUUAUCAGAUGCUACACUUCUGGCAAACGAACUCGAUAUUGAUGCAAAUUUUCCUAAUGCACCUAGUAGGCGAAGGAAAAUUAAAAAACAGUUUGAUUAUGAAGCCGAAGGUGUAUCAAUACAAGAUCCCAAACAAAACUAUAAAAUAUCAUUCUAUUAUAUGAUUAUAGAUAAUGCAGUAAAUGCAAUACAGGAAAGAUUUAAUCAAAUGCAAGAGUAUUGUGCUUUAUUUGGGUUUCUUUACGAUAUUUUUAACUUAAAAGAUAAAAACGAAGCUGAUAUUCUUAUGCAAUGCAAAAAGUUUGAAAGUGCCUUAACGCAUAAUUCCUGUAAAGACAUUUAUGGAGAAGACUUAUGCUGGGAACUUCAAAGUGUGUCUCGAAGACUUCCAAAAGUAAUGGGCCCAUCUGAAGUUCUUCUUUUCAUUUUAAGGCAUGAUCUCCAGAAUAGCGUUCCUAAUAUUUACGUCGCGUUAAGGAUUUUAUUAACUCUCCCUGUUUCUGUAGCAAGUGGAGAGCGCAGUUUUUCUAGAUUGAAAUUAAUUAAAACGUACUUGCGCUUAACGAUGACUGAAGAAAGAUUAGUUGGAUUAGCGACAAUAUCAAUAGAGCAAGAACUGGCUUACAAUCUGGACCUCUGUGAAUUAAUUUCAUUAUUUGCAGUAGCAUUUUAA